UACCUUCCAGCCAAUGGGAAGCCUCCUGGAUUAACGCUAGCUAUCUGGGGCACAGGGCCAGCACGUCUAGCCAGCUCGAAGUGCCACGACUUCACAGUAGUCCAGCGAUUGCCCAGCGGAGUUAGGGGGAGAUAUCUGGGAAAAAGCAACUAAGCUAGACCGCUGCAAAUACCGGAAACUUCACUCAAAAGCUUCUCCAUCUUCAACUACAAGCUAUCUUCCGUCACUCAGUUUUCUUUGAGCCGAACAGACAACGUUCUCAUCAUUAGCGAGGUGAACAAAAAAAAAUAGAACAAUGGAUAUCUAUGACCCCCAAACCCUCGGGAUAAUGGUUUUUGGUGGAUUCAUGGUCAUCUCUGUAGUUGGGAUUGCUCUUGUUUCCACCUUUUCUAUGAAGGAGACUUCUUAUGAAGAGGUACUGGCCAAACAACGUAGUGAGUUGGGUAAUAUACAAUCGUCUCGCACAGAGAAAAAGAAGAAGGAUAAAACAGCUGACAAAAAGAACCGUGGAAAGAAGAAGGAUGGAAAACCCAAUGGAAUGAUCCCAGAAUCUGGAAAAACAGAUGAAACGAGUCAAGCUGAUCAAGUCCCUGAACCUGUUGCUGCUGCAAUUGUGGCUUCUGAUCCUACUCCUGCUAUCAAAUCUGUCCCAGUUCCUGAGGUUAAGCCAACUGCAACCCCUGCACCAGCACACCCACAGCCCAAAGCUGCUGAGCCAACCCAGACUCCUGCUGAGCCCUCACCUGUACCUUCACCUAAAGACAAAAAGAAGAAGAAGUCGGUCAAGACUGAGUCUGAGAAGACCUCUAGUCCACUUGCUGCUGCCCCUGUACCGGUCAAACCUUCACCAGCCCCUGCCUUAGCCCAGACCAAGGCAACGGUUGCAUCUGCCCAAUCUAAAACAGCUGCUCCGUCGACUGCAUCUGGUCCAGCCAAGGCUUCCGCUGCGUCAGCUAAGUCCUCUCCAGCAUCUACUUCAACCAAAUCUGCCCCUCCCUCAGCAAAAUCUGCCCCUCCUUCAUCCAAGUCUGCCCCGGCCAAGUCUACCCCUGCCGUGGCCCCGACCAAGUCUGUCCCAGCCAAGUCUGUCCCGGCCAAGUCUGACCCCACCCCAGCCAAGUCAGCUCCGGCCUCGGCCAAGUCAGCCCCGGCCCCCGCCUCGGUCAAGUCUGCCCCCGCCUCGGCCAAGUCUGCCCCAGCCCCGGCCAAGUCUGCCCCCACCCCGAACAAAUCUGCCCCCGUGGCGGACAAGCCUGCUCCUCCCCCAUCCAAGUCUGCCCCAGUCUCUGCAAAGUCUGCAUCAGUAUCAUCCAAGGCCUCAGCAGCACCAGCCAAGUCUUCAGCAUCUACCAAGUCUACCCCGCCUCUUGAAGCUGUCACUAAAGAUGUCCCCAUCAUGGCCGUGCCCCCAGUGGGAUCACAGCAGAACACUAUUGCUGCACCAAAAUCCCAGGAGCCCAAGAAGAAGGCCUCCAAGAAAAAGUCAGAGACUUUGACUGCAGUGGAUUCAUCUGAGGCGCCAUUGCACCUUCCCUACAAGGUUUUGGUGUCCACCAUCAGCAGCAUGGUGUUCAGUGAAGCAGAAGCCCACAGGCUCAUCGAUAUGCUGUCUGAGAAAGCUGGCAUCAUCCAGGAUACUUGGCAUAAAGCCACUCAGAAAGGAGACCCCGUGGCUAUGCUAAAGAAACAACUGGAGGAGAAGGAGAAACAGCUGGCAGCUGAACAAGAAGAUUCUUCUGCAGCAAAGAACCGUGUGAGAGAUCUCACAAAGGAGCUUUCUGCUGAGAAGUCGAAGGUAGCUAAUGUGGAGACCAGGCUGAGUUCCCAGCUAAGCAAGAGAGAGCAGGAAAUGAUUGCCCUGCAAGCCCGCAUGCAGGCUAGCUACCAGGACCACGUUGCCCAAACGCAGAAGCUCAAUGCAAAGAUUCUUGGUCUGCAGGACCAACUUGAAAAGGGUCCCAACGCCCAGCUGGCCCGUCUCCAGCAGGAGAACUCUAUUCUCCGUGACGCCCUCAACCAAGCCACUAGUCAGGCUGAGAGCAAACAAAAUGCCGAGCUAGCCAAACUGCAUCAGGAAUGUGCAAAACUUACCAAGGAACUUGGAGAGAAGACUGAAAUUGUGCACGCUGAUGAACACAUGAAGAAAGGCUUGGAGGCUAAGGUCUCUGCCACCGAGAAGCAGCUCUCUGCGCUGCAGGCCAGUCAUGCCGAGAGCGAGCAGGCCUUGCAGAGGAAACUGGAGGAGGUGUGCGAGGAGCUAAGAACAACACAGACUCUUAACAGCAACCUGCAAGACUCUCUGAAAAAGGCCCAGCAGGACAGCGGCACACUCUCAGGGUUUCAGGUGCGAAUCGGCAACCUGGAGACCGAGGUCAAGGAGCGCUCUUCCCAGGUGGAUACACUCAAUGUUCAGCUGGAGGAGUCACGGGUUGAGAAACAACAGCUUGUGCAACAGUUGACAUCCAUCAACUCAUUACUGGAGGCCGGUCAGAAUAAAAAAGAGCAGGAAUCCGAUCAGGUGAUUGCUGUAGAACUACAACAAUUAAAGCUCAGUCUUCAGGAGAGGGACGGCCAGAUGAAUACUCUCCAUGAGGAACUGAAGCAAUUGCAAAUGAAGAAGGAGGCUGCUGAGAACACCAUUUCUGAGCUGGAGCAGCGAAAUAAAAGUGAGGAUUCCAGGCUCAUAGCGUCGCUUCAAGACGAACUUAAAAACCUCAAAGAAGAGACGGUACAGCUUAAGAACACAGCACAAUCAAAUGGCUCCAUAGAAGAGAUAAAGACAGAGAAGGAGGCCCUAAUCACAUCACUACAGGAGCAGCUGAGGGAAGCCAAGCAAAAUGAAGCUGUUACCGUCCAGCUGACAGCUUUUCAAAGUGAAGCCAAAGAAUCUCUCCAAAAACUCUUCCCACUUGUACCCUUGGAGACAGCACAGCCAAAUUGGUUACAAGCUUUUACGCAGAGCGCUCAGGAGUUUCUCAACCAGCAGCAGAGCCAGCAGUCUCAUUCAAGUCAAACAUCACCUGAGUCGCUUGAAAAGUUGAAGGAGGCUGAGGAGAUCCACAGCUCCCUGCAAGCUGAAUGUGAACAGUACAGGACGGUUUUGGCUGAAACGGAAGGAAUGCUGAAACAUCUGCAAAAGAGCGUGGAGGAGGAGGAGCUGGUGUGGAAGUCAAAGAUGGCUACCUCAGAGGAGCAUCUGAGCGCAGCUUUGGAAAAGGUCAACAAGAUGGAGUCAGAAAAACAAAAUAUACAGCAGCUGAAAGAGCAGAUGAUGCUACUGGAAGCACAGCUGGAGAAGCAGUCAGACAACCAUUGCAUCGCAGAGGAGAUGGAACAGCUAAGACUGCAGCUGUCUGACAGUCAGAGCCAGCUGGGCUUGGCCCGCAAGGAGGCUCAGGCACAAAAGGAGGAGCUUUCAAAGGUCAAAGAGCAACUGAGCCAAAUCACCGUGAGUGGUCAGCGUGAACAGAAUGGCCCCACUGAGGCUCAUCCCAGUCAGGUUGUAUCCAAGUUGGACAGGACGACUGAGAACCUCCAAGAGGAGGCAGCUGAGAGGCAGAAGCUCUCAGAAGAAUUUGAGCAGGCUCAGGCAACUAUUACAGAACUUCAGGCUCAACUCGAUCUUCUGAAGGCUUCCGCAGAGUCAGCGCAAGGUGACGCAGAAGAUGUUGCUCAGCUGAAGGAGCGCCUGGAGAAGGAGAAGAAGCUGUCCAAAGAUCUUGGACAGGCGGCCACCAAACUCCAGCAACUUCUCAGAGCCACUCAGGAGCAGCUGACCAAAGAGAGAGAGACGGUGAUAACACUACAGGAGCACCUGGAUGGCAAGGGAGAAUAUGUGGAGUUGAAGGAGGGAACGUCCGUCUGAGAGGACGCUCACUACAUGUGGACACCAAAACCAAAUAUGCCUUAUAAUUACCAUAGUUAUGCAUUCCAAAAACUUUAUUGUACUGUAGUUAAUUGCAUUUGUUUUGCAACGCUAGUGAUCAAAUGUUUGAUAUGAACAUUUCCAGGUAAGAUUUAGAGGAGGAAAUCCUGCUGCAAUCUUGACUGAAAAUCCCGUACCAUCAACAAUUCUGGCUGUGUCAGAAGAUGUUAUAGCCCCCCCCCCCCCCCCUCCCGCCUUAAAGCCAAACAUUUCCCCCAUGGUCCAGUGUUAAAAGGGAAACCGAUUGUACGUCAGACGUACAUCAACCUGUGCAAUUACUUUUUUUUUAUGUGGUUGAUUGAUGGGAACACUUUACGGUGACACUACAAGUCUUUUGGGCUUCCUGCCUUAGCAGGACACCAACUCACAUUGAAUUUGUAUGAAUGAAUAAACUACAGUGUAACUAUG